UUCUGACUCCUUCGCUGAUGGAGCCUGCACAGACGCCACUGUAGCCUUUGGUCCCUCCCCUGGUGUAAGAGAAGGGUGACCUUUUUGUUCGAUGCAGCUGCAGAUAGUAAUUUGUUUCAAAGAAGUUUGUUUUUACAGCGGUAAUAGGCAACAGGCUGUGAAUUGCUGAUAAUACGCAUUCCUAACCUUUUACAGCGGUAGUAGGCAAUAGGCUUUGCAGUGCUUAGCUGAUAACAUGCAUUUCUAAGAUAACACGUAUACUUGAGACUGUGAGAAUCCCCAGAUCAAAGGACACCUGUGAGGAAGACAACCAGCCUUCAUCCCACGACCACCAGGAGGCAGAAAACGACCACUUAGCAACAGAAUGCGAUUGCGCAGAAGAAACGCGUGAACUAAGGAAGGGGAUAAAAACAGUGAGCUAGGGGGAUCACGGCGCGGCAGUUUGGCGGAGCGGUUGCUCCUCUCUGUCGCCGCAGCGCUGCUUUUUGCUUUGCUCUCAUAUACUCUCUUAAAUGAAUUAAAUAAAUUCUGUUAAUCGGAUCAGAUGGCCUCUUGUGCUCGAUUAUAACAAUUUGGUGCCAUGACUCGGAUCGCGGAUUUGGAGGACCCCUCUCUGGGAGAGGCGCCACAACUCCACUCUUUUGAGCGGACUCAGACUGGGGUCUUGUCCUCAUCCCGACCGAUGAACCCAAAAGCCUUGAGAGGAAAGCAAAGAAAGGGAAGCGGGCCCAAGAUACCCCUUAAAUUUUGUGCACAAAGUCCGAACGACGACGCAGGAAGCGUACAACCCGGCGACUGGGUUCUCAUCCGAAGCUGGAAAGAAGAUUCAAUCACCCCAAGGUGGGACGGACCGUAUUUGGUUUUAAUCACCACUGAUUCCGCAGUUCGUACGGCAGAAAAGGGAUGGACCCAUGCUAGCAGAAUAAAGGGGCCAGUGGACCCGACUCGAUUUCAUGCAACUUCCAGAGAGACGAGCUGGAAGAUUGAUGGGAAGCCGGGAGAUUUGAAGCUAACAGUAAAGAGAACCCUCAAGUAAUCUUAAUGGACACUGACAGUUCCGGGGACAUUUGGGUCGGGAAUGACUGGGGAUUGCAAACACAACUGAUAGGAGAAACAAAACCCCCAGGAUACUGUAAGCAUUUAGAAGACUUAGCUCAGCAGCCCUAUUAUCGGCCCAUCCGAUUCGAAAGGGAGCAGAGACCUUGGGAAGGGGAGGGUCAUGCUGAGCAUGAAGAUAUUAGAGUAAAAUGUAGCUGGUUAGAUUGUGAUUGUUUCCCUUUUGCUUGCUUUUCUUGUAAAAUUUGUAAAGGGCUGUGGUGGGCUCACUGUAGAAAGGGGAGGGCUCCAAAAAGUGUGUGUCAGCGAUGCUGGCUAGAACAACGCAAGUUGACCUCUGAAAUAUUGAAUUAUAAGGUCGCCACUCGGGAAUUGACUAAAGAAUCUCCCGAGUGGUGGGAAAUUUUUGUGAAGGGAAUAAAUCCUGAAUUCCAUUGCUACCACUCCAACGAGCUUUCAAGUCCAUUUCUUACGGACAUAGUCCAGGUCAAGUGUCGCAGGCUGGUCAAGGGACUGAGGUGCGACACCCCACAAUUAAAUGAGAAAAAUUGGAGCUCCGGGAGGUCGAAGUGGGAGAGAGGAAAUAAUCCCGCCCCUGAAGAAUAUCUCUGCUGUCAAGAAGAUGGCCUACCCUGUAGCUUGUAGCAACCAAGUUGACAGGAGAGACAGAGAGAUAGCUAGUGGGGAUGGGGGAUCCUCCCAAAUCGUAAGAAAAAACACUGACCACCAUAGGCACGGGAAUGGUGACAAUGGAAUGAGAAAAAGUAGGAAUGUGAAAUUGGGCAUGAUAAGCAGCAUCCCCUGCAGUGUGUACUACUCAGCUCUAAAGAUUCUUACAUUUGUGAUGAUAUGCUUUCCUCUCCAAAGUGUUGCUACUGAAACCCAUGAACCCUUUAAAUGGACAUUAAGUAGGUGGGAAAAUCAUGAUACUCAUUAUAACCUGCAGACUGUGAUAACCCCCGGGGCACCAAGCUUUAAAGCUGGAGUAUGUAACAUGACCAAAAAUCCAAGCUGUGGGUGGCUGUUAAAUUUGACAAGUUUCUAUAUGUGCCCUGCUUCAAAUUUAGGGAGGUCAUAUUGUAACCUCCCCAGGCAUUACUACUGUGGUUAUUGGGGUUGUGAGACAAUAGCAUCGGCAUGGGCCCCGGGAGGAGGGUCGGAUAAAUACCUAAGGGUGGGAUAUGGACCAGCUGGAUGUGUAAAGCCACAAGAAUGGCCAUGGACAGGGAAAGAUUUACUGGGGAACUGUACUUUCAUAUACCUCAAUGUUAUUCAUCCAAAUGACCCGGGAUGGCUGUUGGGAAAGACAUGGGGAAUUAGACAUUGGAUAGAGGGACACGAUUUGGGAAACCUAAUAAUUAUUAAGAAAGAACCUAUUCCCUAUGACCCUGCACCAAUUGGACCCAACAAAGUAAUAAGUGACAUUAAAACUAAGACAAUUAACUACACAGAGACAGAGGUUAUUACCAACAACCAGCCUUCAUCCCACGACCACCAGGAGGCAGAAAACGACCACUUAGCAACAGAAUGCGAUUGCGCAGAAGAAACGCGUGAACUAAGGAAGGGGAUAAAAACAGUGAGCUAG